GGUUCACUGUGAUUGUUCCUUCCACACAGAAUUAUUCUCAACUGAAAAAAUUCAUCCUUUUAAUGUUCACUUUUUGUUUUUUUUAUCUCAUACUUUGUGGAUCUUAUGUACCUUGGAAAACAAAGAAGUCUGAAAAAUACUGAAAUCCUUCUUGAACUUUGUGACAGGAUCUAAACUUCUUUUUUCAGGACAUCAGGCAGAUUUACAAGAUUUACAACUUAUUUAUCGUUCUGAUAAAGUCAUCAGCUGUGUGGAAAUAUUGGUUUGCCUUUGACAUGGGGUCUGGGAAGGAGCUACUUAUUCUUGGCUUAUUGUGUAUGCUGCGGAAAUGUUUCUCUGCUUGCACCUGGGCUUCGAAUCAAAAGGCCGUGUCUGUGUUGAUACGAAUGAGUGCAUAGACCCCGGAUUCUGUGGGAAUCACUCAAAAUGCUUCAACACGAAUGGCAGCUACUAUUGUCAGUGCCAGCAUGGGUUCACAAACAAUCAUGGGAAAAGUAACUUCAAAAGCACAGAGGGACAGUGCAUAGAUUUUAACGAGUGCCUCGAUAAUUUCAGUAUCUGUGGUCCUGCUGCUAAUUGUUCUAACCAUAUUGGAAACUACAGCUGCACCUGCCACGCUGGGUACACAACUGCCAACAGUAGCCAUGUAGGCUGCAUAGACAUUAAUGAAUGCAAGGAAGCCAAAAAGAAAGGGGAAGACCUCUGUGGAGUAAACGGGACUUGUGAAAACAUUGACGGGAGUUACAAAUGCAAGUGUCCAAAGGGAUACACUAAUUAUGGCGACGAACAGACCAAAUGCUCAAAGCUUUCCUGUGACAACUUCAAUGCAGACAGUGGGCCUACACUGUCGCUUGGAGGCCUGGCAGACAUUUUGUUCAUGAUGAGAAACAGCUGUUUGGCUCUGUCUAACCCAAGUGCCGCUAGUGAAGGGAAGGCUGAUGGAGAAGCGCUACUGGAGAAACUUUUCACAGCGAUCGACAGCGUCCUGUCCCCUGGUCACGUGAACAGCAGUGAAGAUGUGAGCAGAUUACUCGGUUUGGUAGAGAGCGCCAUUAUGCUCAUUGGUCCACAGCUCAAACACAACCACACUAAGAUGGAGACCAGUGAGACAGACACAGAGAUUGCAGUGCAGAGGGGAAAGACUCCACCCACCGGAUCAAUCCAUCUGAACAAUGAGAAUGCUACACUCGACACUGACUGGACAACAGCAGCUGGCACGGGACCAUACCCUGGUUUUGCUCUGGCUGCAUUGUUGAGCUACAAGAACCUUCAGAGCUCUGUUAACCAGUACUUUGAUGAGCUCACAGGACAUGAAAAAGAUGGUGUGAAUCCCACCUUUCAGAUCUCCUCUAGAGUUGUGUCUGUUGUAGUUUCCAACCCAUCUACUCAGAACUUGAGACGCCCUGUCAACAUCACCCUCAGACAUCUACAGGACAUGGAGGAGUCCCAUGAGGUCAGCUACAUCUGUGCAUACUGGAGUAAUAAAGGGGCCUGGUCCACAGAUGGCUGCUAUCAACAACACUCCAAUGCCACACACACUGUGUGUAAAUGUGAACAUCUGAGCAGCUUUGCUGUGUUAAUGGCACUCUACCCUAUGGAGCACACCUUCGGGCUCCUGUUGGUGACCAAGAUAGGGCUGACCAUCUCCCUGCUGUGUCUCAUACUGUGCAUCCUGACGUUCAAGUUCUGCCGCUCUAUACAAGGGACCCGGACCACCAUUCACCUGCACCUCUGUGUCUGCCUCUUCAUGGCUGACCUCAUCUUUCUGGCUGGCAUUUCACAAACUGAACCUGUGGGUGGCUGCAGGUUUGUUGCAGUGAUGCUCCAUUUCUUCUUCUUGGCGGUGUUUACCUGGAUGCUGUUAGAAGGGGUUCAGCUGUACCGUAUGGUGGUCCUGGUGUUCAAUGCCAACAUUCGGCCCCUCUACUUAUUCCUCACUGGUUAUGGGACACCCCUAGUUAUAGUCAGUUUAUCUGGCAUCAUUAGGCCAAAGGGAUACGGCACUAACCAGCACUGCUGGCUGUCCUUGAAAGACGGCCUCAUCUGGAGUUUCUUCGGCCCCGUGUGCUUCAUCAUCAUCCUCAACGUCUUCUUUUUCAUCGUCACCGUCUGGAAGCUCGCCCAGAAGUUCACCAGCCUCAACCCAGACCUCUCUAAGCUACACAAAAUGAAAGCUUUCACAGUGACAGCUAUCGCCCAGAUGUGCAUACUGGGUCUGAUGUGGGUGUUUGGGGCCUUCCUGUUUGAAGAAAGCUCCAUAGUGGUUGCAUAUAUCUUCACUAUCCUCAACAGCCUGCAGGGAGCGCUGGUCUUCAUCAUGCACUGCCUCCUGUCUAAACAGGUGAGAGACGAGUACGCCCAUUUCCUCUCCUGUAUCUGCACACCAGAGAAGAAGAGAUUGUCAGACUUCAGCAGUACCAAUCCCUCCAGCAGUCAGUCACAAGGUUCUCGGAGUGGGCCGAUCACUGGAGAGUCCCAAAUAUGAAGCACUCUAUCUUUUAUUCUACCCCUAAGACAGACUCUAUCACACCUUUAACCAAUGUGGGCUGAGUUUGCCCUGAUUUUAAAGGUUUGGAUCACUUCCAAUUAAAGGAAUCAUUAUUUACUCACCUCGAUGUCACCUGAACCUCUGUUUUUGUACCAUUACAGCAAUUGUUUAAUAGUACAACUAAAAAUGGAACAACCUAAGAAAGAUGGAAAAACAUAAUUCUUUGGGUGAGCUCCUCAAAGCUCAUAGACAAAUCUAAACCAGGGGUUGCAAAUAGGUAUGGCUUGGCCCUAAAGUGCCACAUGCCAAAUAAAUUGGGAGCUGCUGCAUUAAACACAGGUUAGAAUUAGCCCCAGUAGUUACAUCCCAGGCCUUUCAGACCCUAAUUAAGUUAAUGGGACUGGGGUUUUUACAACUCAUAAACCAUAAAGGAUUAGUGUGCAGUAAUCCUAAAUAUGUGUCAUUAUUGUCGCAGCAGGCAAGAAGCCGCCAACUUCUAAAAGUGUUUAUUUCAGACGUCUUUACGUGCAAGUGGAGAUAUUUCAGUAGCUUAUCAGUUCAUCCAAAACAUAUCACAAUCAUAAUAUAAGCUGUAUUGGAGUGGUUCAAAGUGAUACUGAUGUAUUUAUUUUUAAGAGCAGAAGUGUACAUUAUGUAGGCUGCAAGAAACAAUGAGUACUCUUAAUGUUUGAGCUGCAUUUCAUGUACACAUUUAAAAAAAAUAAGCUACAAAAUAAGGGUGGGUGCUUUUUGUUAAUGGGAUCUUCACGACUUGUAAUGACUGAUGCUGCAAAUGAUCCGUAAAGUGCCUCUGAUGUUACCUUCCUGUUCCUGCAAAUUGCACAUGGGCUAGUAUGAGGAUUUUAUGUUGUUUCUUGACAAAAUAAGUAAUUUUAAAAAAACAUUACUUGUGGCUAUUUUUAAUAUUGGUUUGAGCAGUUGAGCAAUUGAGCUGUGCCUUUUGUCACUGGUGUAUGUCAGGAUGUAAUUUUUGAAAUUAUGAACCAAGAAAACAAAUCCAGCCCAAAAUGGUAGCUUGGGAGAUGCACAAAAACAGACCCACCCUUCUGAUAAGCCUGCAGCUUCCUGUGAAUAAACUGUUUAUGGAAUAAAUCAUGUUUUGUAUUAUAACUGUUAGCCUAUGCCUCCACACGUUGUUAGUGACUUUAAAGUAUCAUAUCCCUGAAAUGAGAACUGUUUGAGGUCUAACGGGAGUUGUACAGACCUGAGUUUAUUUUCUUGCACUAUUCCUUUGUAAAAAUGAUAAUCCAGCACAUCUUCUCUCACAUGGUGCAUGAGACUAAAGAAGACUUGAGAACCAGCCUCACUUACAGAACAUGAUCAGUUCACUUGCCAUAAUAAAGCUGUCAAUUAUAUAUUUUUCUAUUUUAUAAAAAUAGAAAAUCAAUCUGAUGUGAUUGGUUUUGUCCUAUACAGUAUGUUUAUAUUUAAAUUGCCUGACAAUUGAAUUGUUCUUCAGUUCUUACGUGUGGCUGUACUUUUUUGUGACCAUCGAUACCUUUUAUUCAAGCAUUGCAAAAUUUUAUUAUGUGAAAAAGUUACAUGCCUUAUGCAGCACUUUGUGAAUCUUGUUAGAGUAUACUAUAGGUGUUCUAGUUUGAUGGUAUAUGAACUUAUUUUUCUACUUUGUCUUUUUGUAUGUUGUUCGGUACUGUUUUCUUUGUGCACCACAAUUUUUUAUUAAAGCUUCUACUUCAUCUGAAAAA